UCUCCUUUCAUUUUUUUUCACCUCCCACGGCCAUUAAAGAAAAAGGAGAAAUUUCUCAAAAUGAUAAUAAAAAAGUAAAAAGUUCCUUCUCCUUCGUCGUGUUCUCCCCUAGCCCCCCUUGUCUAUCCUAACAUCUAGUCUCCCCCGUCCUUAGUUCUCCAGCAACCGGAUUCUGGGUUCUGCUCUCCGGCGGAGAACGAUGCUGUUUGGGAUGUGAGGGAGUUGCUCGAAGUGGUAUAUACAUGUAUCGAGAGAGGGAGAGAGGCGUAAGGUUGAAGAACAAGGAGUAAAAUAGGAAUAAAAGAUGCGAAUUCUGUGUGAUGCGUGCGAGAGCACCGCCGCCAUACUCUUCUGCGCCGCCGACGAGGCCGCCCUCUGCCACUCCUGCGACGAAAAGGUUCAUAUGUGCAACAAAUUGGCUAGCCGACAUGUACGAGUUGGUUUGGCUGACCCCAGUGACGCUCCACGCUGUGACAUAUGUGAAAAUGCACCUGCGUUCUUUUACUGUGAGAUAGACGGUAGUUCCCUUUGCCUCCAAUGCGACAUGGUUGUACAUGUCGGUGGCAAGAGAACGCAUGGGCGUUUUCUAUUGCUGAGGCAGAGAAUCGAGUUUCCAGGUGACAAGUGUGGCAGUGUUGGAUUACAAGGCAAGGAGCAGAACCGUGCAAGGGAGAACCCACAAGAGCCAAAAUCAAAUGCUGAGCCCGAUGGCAAGGUGGAGAGCAAACUGUUCGAUCCGAAUGCAAAUCCUCAGAGAAUACACGACCCAGCUUCGAAUAACCAGGAGAGGGGCAUUGAUGUAAAUAACAUGAAUAAUCACGAGCCCGGAAGCCUUGUUCCUGUAGGACCCUUUCAAAGAGAGCCUGAAAAAUAAGCAGCUCCGCCUUGUCUUUCACAGUGCCUUAAUGGAUCGACUCAGUCAUUUAAAGUUGUCGGUUUUCGGCUAUAGGUUCAUUGCACUGCAGGUGUUCUUGAGAGGCCUUUCAAGCAUGCUUGCAUCACAGACUUGUUUUUUUCUUCUUCAGGAGGGAAGCCUCCAUGGUCGUGCAUAUUCUUGGUUAAGUUAAGCUGAUGGUAGCUUUAAGGUUUUUCAGAAUGUAAUUUCCGAACAGUUCAAUGAAUUGAAGUUUCCAGAUG